CUGAGCCUAGUAAGCAACUUGAACGCACUUGAACGUUGAUAAAUUUUUGAGAGUUAGAAUAUUAUAACUUUUAUAAAGUAUAACAAGUUUUUGUGUAAAGUGUCUUAAUAAAACAUAAGUGUUCUCCUUUUCAAUCAAACCAUCAGUUUUAUUUAGACAACAAAUAAAAUAAAAUGGGACGUAAAAAGAGUAAAAGACAAGCGCCAGUAAGAAAGAAGAAUAUUAUUCCACUGGAUACACAAUUUACCUGCCCUUUUUGUAAUCAUGAAAAGUCAUGUGAAGUUAAAAUGGACAAGCCAAGAAAAACAGCAAGAAUUUGCUGUCGCAUUUGUUUAGAAGAUUUCCAAACAACAGUUAACGUUUUAUCAGAUCCUCUGGAUGUUUACAAUGACUGGAUUGACGCUUGUGAUGCUGCAAAUUAAAUACUUAUUUAUUUAAUUUUUUUUUAAUAUAAAUUAUUUACAACUGACAAAUUUUAAUUUAUAAUUAUAUAUCUAAUUGCAAUUUAUACUGCCUGUAUAUUUGGCAUGUUCAUAAUAAUAUUUUUUAAAUAAUACUUCUAUCAUUAAAUGUAUAGGAUACUUAUGAUAACUAAGAUUUUAUAAGUUUUAUAAAAUAAAUCAUUUAAAUA